AAGUAGUUACCACUUAUCAUACCAAGAAGAAAAUGGCGGUAAAUUCAAGGAGAGAUUCGAAGAGAAGUGAAUUUCCUUUACCUCAAUUUGAGGAAACUUUUCCAAUUGUGUUCCAGUGUAAAAAUUGUAAUAAUAUACUCGGCGAUUCUUGCGCAUGGGUUUCUUCUGACCGAGAUCUUGAGAUGAUCUGCAUAAACAGUAAGUGGUUUCUAUGUUAACGUUAUUAGCAUUAUUCUUAUUUCCUUCAUGAUAUUAUUGUGGUUGUCUUGUGAACUCUUAUCAAAGGAAGCUCUUUGAAUUCCUAGAGAUUUACAAAUGAGUAUAAUUUUUUUUGAAAUAAUACUUCUUUUGUGACGAGAAUCAAGUUGUUAACUUCAUUAAUUCCUGCAAGGCAGAAGGUCACACUCGUUGAGGAAUAGACUGCAGUUUCUAUCGGUUUCCAAGGAUAUUAUGAAAUAACUGAGAGACUACGAGCACCCUGAUUGGUCAAAAACGUAUCGUUUAUUGCACCGGUAAACCCAUAGAAAAUUUAAAGAUUCUUUUUAAAGUAACAGAGCGCACUUUAUACGUUUAGCGGCGUAAUAAUUCACUUGAGAUUGGUGGGGAACGGGGGAACAGGAGCCCGAGAGAUCAGGGGGGAGAGAGUGGGAAACGGAAUUUAUAUGAGGAACGGGAGCGGGAGCGUGAGCGUGAGCAGAAAUUAAAAUGGCACUUGAUUGCUAUUUAUCACUAAUUAUCAUCCAGCCAAAAACCAGUACCUAGCAAAGUUCUUCUAUUUAAUGUCCACCAAGGCUUAAAAUAAAACUUUAUAAUCAAGAAAUACCGUGGAAGUAACUUUUUCUCAUGCUGAAAAAAAAAGCAAAUACCAGUGAAAGUGGAUACCUAUCAAAGUCGGUUAUGUGAUAGGUCAUUAAUAAAGUUAGGGGGUGGUAAGUUUCCAAAGAAACUGUGGUACUGUGUCGGUGGGAGAGUACAACAGGUAAUUUAGUGUUAACAACUGGGUUGAAAAUGUAAAUUGACCACCAUAAAGAGUUUAAAGGUUAACGUUUCGAGUGCUAGCCCUUUGUCACAGCAAUUGACAAAGGGCUAAAAUAUCAGCCUUUAAACUCUUUAUGGUGGUCAUUUUACAUUUUCAAAUUGGCUGUUAACAUUAAAUCACCCAUUAAUGAAGCUGUUAUUGUGGUGCUUGCUGUAUCAGUCAAAAUUCUCUGAUGAUUAAAGCAAGUCAGGUCAAAUGUCACCAGGGGCUAUGUUGAUCAGCCUUGGUAUUUUUUGGUGCAGCAAUGAAAACCAUGGAAGACUUCAUUUCUGCAAAUGUCUCAGUUUGUUAAAAUCAGACAGUCACAUAGCUGCAUAAUGGCAUUGUAUGAAUGUAUGUACAACUCUCUGCUGCUAGAUGAGGUUUAAUUUAAUAACACUGUACCUUAACAAUAACACUAGAGAUAAGGAAAAUAAACAACAUACAGUUACUAAUGCAUUUUCCUUCAUAUUCAUUUACUGAAAAUGCCCUGCAAAAAAUGUAGGAAAUGGCAUUCCUAGACCCUAAAUUUGAAAAUUUUCUGGGGGAACAUGCCCUCAGACCCCCUUAGUUUGGAGCCCCUAUGCCACUCAAUAUUUUCUACUUAUCUGUACACCUUAAAAAUCUCACCCAAUGCCCCUGGUUCUAAAGAAGACUUCAACUUCUUAAAAAAUCUGAACAAUGACCAGCCAAACAAUGAUAUAUACAAUGAUGUUCUACCAGUACUUAAACUUAACCCUCAAAACAAUAUCAGUUUAACAAUUCUUUGGCAGAAUUAUGUUAAUGGUAUAGUUAGUAAUUUCAUUUGUCAAUACAUACAAGCAUUUUGUGCUUUAUUAUUUAUUAUUAUUAUAAUAUUAUUCAACUACCAUAGAGGUCAAGUUGGGUAUUCCGAUGUAAACAUGCUAAAAGCACAUUUAAUGUUCAAAUGAAAAAAGAUGAAACUCUUAUGUUAAUCAUUAAAUAAAGGCAGCUCAAGAAUGAUGGUUAAAAGGGUUCAAGGUCUAUAGGAUUUCAAUUAACAGGAAGGCAAUACUGAAUCUCAAAGAAUCUGAUGUGGUGACUGGUAAACUAGACUCUUUGUUUUAACCUUGUUUCUGACAUAUCACAACAAAUCACAAUGCCUUAUAACAACAGCAGUUACAUGAACAUUUUGUUGUUUUCUGUAGUUUCUUUUAUCACUAAAGUGCUGAGCAGCCUUGUAUUAUUUUACUGAAGGCCUCAGGGUCUGGGCACAAACCAAUGUAAUAUCAAAGUUCCAUAUGCUUGUUUCUCCUAAUAAAAUUCACCCUUUUUCUUGUUGACUUCACAAAGUUAAUGGGAAAUUAACUCAGGGAAUGUGCAUGAAGGAGAGUUUAGGUCUUACAGCAAUAUAUGCCUAAAGAAUGAACUUUCCUGUAGACAUUUUCCAAAUCAAAUAGAUGCACAUAGUAAAUUUACCAUCAUGCAUAGUAUUCUGAAUGUUUUUUGUUUGUUUGUUUGUUUUUUCUUUCAUUUAGAAGUAACACCAUUUAUAUGUUCAGGGGAAUGCUUGGAGACUUCAACCACAGAAAGUGAUAUAGGCAGGUAUGCUCUAUGUUUAAUAAAAUUAUAAUCAUGACAGUUCUUCAAACAUCAAAGUAGCUAUCAAAAAUCACCAUCAAAGAUUCUGAGCAUGUGGAAAGCAACAUGUUGAGUGGCUAUGUAACUCAAUUUCUUGCCUGAGCCAAUAAAGGCUCAUUUCUAUCACUGUGAGAACUUAAAAUUCAAAUUAAGAAUGGAUUAAAGAGAAUCUUUGGUAUUUGUCUCCCAAUAAUUCACUUAUGAUGUGGUUCACUUUGAUUCGACUGCAAUUACUGCUAGUCUUUAUCAGGACAUGAAGUUGACUGGAUAUGAGUCACCAUAUGAUUGUGAUCAGUUGGUUUUCAACAGUUGUGAUUGCUGAUCUCUCAACAGUAAACUGUUGCAUACCUCUCCUGUUGCCAUGUUUCUUGAGUAUUGGCAUUCAGCCUUCAGGGAUUUCUAAUCUAUGCUAUCUGUUGAACGAGUGUGGGUUGUCUAAUUUUACCAAUAUAAAUUUUGCUGCAUUCACAGUGAAUCCUUUAAAACAUGCCAUCUGGUUUAGCCAGAUCAGAAGUUUCUUCCAGCCAUACAGAAGUGUGAGUGCAGCUUAACUUCCCAACUUAAAACAGCCUGUACGGUUGUUGUUUUGUAGUGCUGGAUAGACUAAUGACACGAGUAAAACUUCAUUGGUCAGUUUCCUAAUCAAAACAAGAAGGUUAACUAGUGGAGAGUCUUGCCACAUCUACUUACCAUUGUCUUCUCAGAAGAUCAAUAGGGAAGCCAAUGCCUUGGUUUAGCUUCUCAGUUGGUCUUGAAAUAAGAGGAUAGUGGUCCACUCAAGAAUACAGAAUACUAUUUGGCUUUUCUAUCAAUACCCCUGGAGGGGACCCUAAUGAGAUUCACAUGGCUGAGCUGUUAUCAAUCUACAUAUAAAGACUCUCUUUUUCACUCUCUCUUCAGUACCUAAGUUUCUUCAAGUUGUACCCCUACCUUCCUCUAGUCAGAAUACUAAAAGUGUAAAAUGUAACUUUCUUGAUUCCUCAAUAAUUCAUGUAACAUAAUCCUUGCUGGUGGAAAGAAGAUAUAAAAUUGCUAUUUUGACCUCAUUUUCAGCUUCCAAGGAGCUACUUUAAAACUGAUAACUAUAUUGCCUCCAAAAUUUACUAAUGCCAAAAAUUCCUGUAUAAAUCCUUUAUUUAGACUGCCUUGUUUUAUGGCUAUUUUCAAGCAAUUAUGUUACUCUUUGGAAUCUCCAAAUGCAAUUAAAAGUCACUUCUUGUAUGAUAUAGCCACUUGUCAAUAGCAGAGAGAAAACUAUGUGGUUUCUGGAGUAUACUUCUCCUUUAAAUAUCUACUUGUUACCUUACCUUUUUUUUCCCCUCAUUUAUCACAUAAACUUUCAGUGAAGGUUUAUGAGAUGUAAAUGAGAGAAAAAAAAGGUAAGGUAGCAAGUCAGCCACUGCCUUAUCACACCAUCUAGUAGUAACAAUUGUCUUAAAUUCUUGUGCUUAUUGUGAUUCUUUGAGAUUCCCACUUCUAGAAAACAGGCAAUUUUGUUUUGCUGACAAAUAUUGCUUCCUUAAGCUUUAUACACUCUAACAUUACAAUACUUAUUCUCCCUACUAUUCCCCAUACCUUUCCAAAAGUACUGACUGGAAGAAUUUGUUUAACAAUCAAGAGCUGAGCAGUUGUAGAUCAUUUGCUUUAAUCUCUUGACCUUAAUAUUUGAUUGAUGGGUUAUAUGAGGAGAAAUUACAUGCUAGACACUCUUAAGGGUUAAAGGUUGAUCAAUUUUACUAAUAAUUGGUGUGCUUAAAUCUUCUAGCACAUUUAUCCCUUUACACUGUAAGUCCUGCAGUUCACCUAUUGGUCGCAUCUACCAGACCACUCCAAAAGAACUGGACCAUUUACGGUAGGCCUCUAUUACAGAUUGAAGAGUUGUAUUUUUACCUGUAAUAAGGUACAAUUUAAAUUUUUUAUUGUUUCUUGAAUUAGGAACAAAACCAAAUCUUAAAAUGAAAAUUAAGGGGCUGUUUCACCCUUUUUCCUUAAUUUUUAAAAAUUUGUAUGAUAGUGAUGGCCCAAUUGAGACUUUGACAGAUGAAGGUAGACGGUUGCGAGUAUUCUUCAUUCAAUUAUCUUUGUGUAUAAAGUAGCCUAGCUAAAGAAUCCCACCAGUCUCCGUUUCUUUUAAUUUUUUUUGACUAUGUUUACUAGGAUCUUUGGACAAGAAACCUCAGAACUUAAGGUGACUUCCAAUUCUUAAGCAAAAGCAAAAAAUUAUUAGAGGGUUUAUAAUAUCAUUUCUUUUUUUCAUUUACCAUGUCUGUGACCACCACUGAAUCCCAUGAAUCUAAGAGCUGUCAUAUGGUGCCACAUCCAAUACUUAGCUCAAGGAACAUGGUAUCAUCUAUGUGGAUGGCAUGGCUCUAUUCAAAACGAAGCCAUGAUCGUGUUUGGCUUUAAAUUGGCUCCAUGAAGGUUUUUUUUCUUCGGAUAUCAACGUAAUUCUUGACAAUUAUCGCCUUCUACUGUUUGAACUAUCCCUCUUAUAGUGAUCGGCCAAUCUUUUGCUUUUUGAGCUUUUUGCAUGGUCCAAUCACACGUGAUAAUUAGGAAAAGUAUUUUUUGGUCCUCUUCAAUAUUCCUUUCUUCGUUCCUCAAAUGUGCCUGAUAUUUUUUUCAUAUACUUUAGGUGAGUGCAUGCUGCGAUAGAAGUAUACGUAACAUCUAUAUAACUUAAAGAGGUUGAAAAGAGGACACCUAGGACUUAGUAAAUGAUUACAGUACAGCUCCCAUGAGUAAUUCCAACGCCCUCGUUUCGAGUUGAUCACAGACAUGAAAAUUAUCAUUACGUUAGAGCUGAAAUAUCAUGAAUAAGUUAUUUCUUUCGUUUUGACUCUGUCUUUUAAGGUUACUUCCCACUUUUGCAGGUGUCCUUCGGGAAAAAUUCGUACGUGCGCUAGUUUCACUAAAAUCCUGGCAAACUAUACAUCAGAACCAAGCGUAGACCAAGCGUAAACCAACAGUUUACGAUAAAAAUGUAAUUUAAGCGACUUUUCUUUAAAGGAAGUGUCAGGAGCCUGUAAGGCGUGAAACGACGGAAGGUUCUGCGGUUGAAUUUAUCGGGUAUCGGAUGCUGCAACACGAGCUAAUUUGCUUCACAGUCUUUCUUACAAAGCAUCAAUCAACAAAAGUGUGCUAGGCUUUUUCGAUAUUCUGAUUGGUUGUCUAGAUAUCGGCAGCUAAAGUUAGAGUAGCUAAAAAUAUUCGAGGCGUGUUGCGUUAAUGGACGCCACGGGACAGAUAUCAAAAUUUCCCAACACACUCUCGUUUGUCAUUAUUCCUGGAAUGUUUUGGCGAAAUUUGACAAAAAUCGGUCAAAUCUAUAUACCCUAUAAAUUCGUUCUAAGUGGUUGUAUUUUCCCCCCCCAAAAUCAAAUACGAGAUUUUAACUCAUAGAAGUUUGCAAACAACUCGCGCCACUCAAGGAGAUUAUUACGACUCCUGAAACCGCAAACCAAUGGGACAACGGGACCUCCUCGCGUCAAUGACGAUGGAUCAAGAUUUCUCUCGAAAAGUAACCCUUUUCAGAUAAGUUUUUUUCUAUCUCGAUCGCUCAUUGGAGCGUUGAGGAGGACGAUACGAUAAUGAGAAAAGUUGCCCGCGGCAAAAAUGAAAAACCAGAAAAUGUGCUGAGAAGCAAGACAACGAAUCGACAAUGUUUUUGUAUCAAGGCUGGUACUUGCAUUAAGAAAAGGAAACGUCUUUUUUAACAUUAUGUAUGGCAAACUUUGGAAUGGCGGCGACCUCUUUGGUCGAAAUCUGGAUGCCAACGUGGAGCUCCACCAGCACCAGUCACAAAGUUUUUUCUUUUCUCGAAAGAAUGGUACUCUCUCUUUCUUCUUCGGGCCUGUUUUUUUUGCUUUUUUGUUUUUUUUUACCCAGGAUUUUCUUCCUCUUUUGAUUUUUCCUCGAGCAAAGAUUUUUCCAGAAGGAGAGCUUCCACGUGUGAAUUUUGUUAAGUGCGCAAUGUAAACGAAAUAUGGAAAUGACAUGAAAAAGGAGCCCCGAGAUGAGCGGUUGCCGCGAAAAUGACUCUAGGGAAUUCUCCCCUUUCCGUUAUUAUGGCACCUUCCGGACUUAUUAACUUUUUUUUAUAAAAAUACGUUUCUCUAAAUAACUUAGGUGCUUUUUAAUAUUUCAGAAAAAUUAUUUUAUGGAAACGCAUCGAGGAUAGAUGCUCCUCACAUAUAUCUGCAACAGAACACCUAACCACAUUCGACGACAUCCUUCGCCUUAAUGGUUAUCCAGAGAACAGUAUAGAGCAAACAAAACGCCCACAAAACCCCCAACAAAACCCUCAACCUACCAACACAGGUCAUACUUUAAGAUCUCGUUCAUUUCUGAACGCCUCAAUCACAAGAUCACUAACAUUUUUAGAAAAGAAAACAUCCCGGUACGCAUUGCCCACAAAUCCUACAAGCUCAGACAAGCCCUAUCCCACACCCAAGGAGCGCAAAUGCACUAGAGACAAAUGCCCUAUCUCUAACACCGGAUUGUGUUCACGACGUUAUGCAGUAUACCAGCUUACGUGCAACAGUUGCGAUCGAUAAUACAUUGUUAGCACGGCACGCUUCAUCCACAACCGCGUAAAAGAACAUCUCAAUAAUGAAAACUCGUCUAUGAAAAAACAUAUUUAUUCCUGCUAGAACAAAGACUGUAAAGGUAUUGAUGUCAAGAUUAGUACGAGCGAAAACGACCUAGCUAAUCUACGCCUUUAUGAAACAUUUUACAUUAGAAAGUGCAAGCCCACACUCAAUUCCCGGGAAGAAUGUAGUGAAUUCGUAGAGCUUCUAUUUUAGUAUUUUAUUUAUAGACCAUUCUUUAGCGCUUUUAGAGGUCAUUUGUCUAGAGACAGUCCAUCAUUAGAGCCUUAUGUUCCAUUCACAGUUUAUUUCUAUACUUUUCAUACGUAAGUCACAUAUUUUACACAUUUCACCUACACUUUCUUUGCAUAUAUAUAGCGCGCCCGGAAUAUUUUCUCAUCCCUGAUGAUCCCGUUGAUCGGCCAAAGCUUGGAUUUUAGAUUUUACUUUUUAACAGCAGUUUUAAGCCUCAUUAGAACAGUUUUAUAUUUUGAUUAUGCUGCUGAAGGGCAACAUGAACAGAUUGAGUUAGGCUGAAUGUUUGAAUUCAGUUUAGUCGAAUAAAAGAAAAAUCGAUUUUUUCGGCCACUGAAGGUGGGAAGUAACCUUAACUUGCUGACAAAGGUUGGACAACUCAGUAUGUGAUUUGGAGACUGUGUUUUUAAUAAACAAUGCAGGAUUCUUAGAGAUGCACGGAGUUCCUUAAAUACAUGUGAUAAGUGCCGAUAACUGAAAAGAAAACAGGAAAGGGAGGGAUGUUACAUCAACAUCCCUGUAUUUUUAUUUAUUUUCACCCAAAUGACUUACUUGUUGUUAUUUCAUGUACUGACAACCGACUUCACCACCCUUAGAGUUUUGGUUUUGGGUUAGUCUAAUUCAGAAGUCAUUGAAAAAUGCAAACAAGAAUUUUUUGGAAUGGCUUCAAUUCACUUGACAACAUUUGACACUCUUUAGGGAAUUGAAGGAAUUCUUGCGUGCAAAUUUUGUAAACAUUUGGUUGACAGCCAGGGAUAAAGUCAGAUGGUAGUUUUAUAUGCUAUUGAAUUGCUAUUUAGCUUUUUGAUUUUUUUUCUUUUAAAACGUUAUUGAAAUUAGCUGUAUAUAUAUGUAUUAUAUUCAUCCUUCAGGAAUCUUUAUUGCUUGGAUAUGGAGCAUACUAGAAGGUAAUUGGUACUUGAAAAGUAAUAGUAGGUGGUGUGGGGGUAUAACCAUACAAACCAACCAAUAAACAGUAACAGUCAUUUAAGGUUCGUAAAUACCACCUACAAUCAUGUCGAAAUUCUUAGUUGUGUGAACACAGAUGUAGCUCUGGUCCCUUGAAAUUUAGUUCUCGAAAUUGCACCAAAUACAAUGGGAUUAACGAGCCUCGCCAAGAAUGCAAAAUUUAAAACCUAUUUUGCUAUUUACUUGAACUGGCAUUUUUCAGUAUACCUGAAUGCGGUCAGGCCAUCAAUACCCUCUCUGUACUGUAUCACAGUUCAACCCAUACUGUGAUAAGUUGGGCUUGUAAAAUGUAAUUCGAAUCUUGCCAUCUCCCUUUUCCUUUGCCCCGCACAUGGAUGGGAGACUACGUAAGUUAUCUCAUUCACCCAAGAAUUACCCCUAAUAUUAUAAUAAUGAUAUUUCAUGGUCGUUAGCUUCGGAAGUAGAUGUCUCCAAAUUGGCGACCUGUGUGCGGCAGUGAUUUAGCCAGCGGUAACAUUUUCAUUACUUUGUGUUGAUGGUUCAAAGUCAAAGCGAGAUAAAAAUUUGCAUAGAGGAGCUACUGGAAAAUUUGCCCCGCUCCAUUUUUGUUCCCACUAAAUGUUGUUCGGUUGGUUAUAUGGUGAUGGCUGAGGUAGUUUUUCUUUUAGCUAUCAGGUUGGUUCUGUGGAUGGGAUGCAGACUUUACCGGCAGAAGAAGUUCUUGACCUACCAACAGCUAAAGGGCUUCAGCAAGGAAUUCACAAGGUACAUUUAUACUUCCUGUAUACAUAAACGGCGACAGCUUCAUCAGUCACUUUUCAUUAAUAUUAACAAUUCUACAUCCUGGAGGGCACCACUAGGGGAUAUUAUGGAGUAGGCUGGCUCAUGAUACACUUUAAAAAGAAGGCUGUCAAGACUGCAUAUGGCAACUGAGAUAACACAAUUUUAAUAGCACUGAAAAGAACCAGAGUUUGUAUGAUAAUGCUAUAAGGUAGCUUUGCAGAAGAUUUGUCUCGCAUGCAAAACAGAAAACCUGCUGUAUCCCACAUAUUUAUGAGAGCCCUGUUCCACAAGAGAAAGGUGAUUCAAGAAUAUAGUGAAUAAUUGACGCCCAACCACUAAUUAAAUGUUAACAAAUAAUCAUACUAAUAAUAACAACAAUAAUGAUGACGAUGAUAACAAAAUUAAUAGUAAUGACAACUUUUAGGAGCUAGCUCAAGAACCUCACUGUUCCUCUGUCGGUCUAUCCUUAGGCUCCAAUAAUGAUUAAACUAGCCUUCUUUUAAUUUUUAUUUCCCUAAUAAAUCAUCGUAUAAUUUCAUUGCAAUUCUAUUUUUGUGAGACUUUUGUUUCGUACAAAAAGGCAUUCCUCGUUGUGAAUAUUCCGCCGAAUGGCGUCACCCUGUUGAACUCAACGUAUCGUAUUUCGGACCUUGCUCGCUUCGCAAAUUUAGCAGCUUUUUGAGCAUUUGUCGCUGAUUGAAAUGGUAAAAUGAUCUCUUUUCGAAUGAAUAAAAUUUUCCUUCAAAGUUUCCACGAUGUGCAGAUCAAACCUAUUCAGAUAUUUUUGCAAGGAAAAAGUUUUUUUUUUUUCAAUUACGUGCAGGAGACACCACUGUGAAAUUAUUUAGGGAUGUUCAUUGUGGUCACCGUUAGAACUGAAAAAAUUAUAUCUUCGGAUCUAUUGGGAAUAAUUCGCUGAUUGAAACGGUAAAAGGCUCUGUCUUAAAAGAGAAAAUUUCUCCUCUAAAUUUUCAUGAUGCGCCGAUCACUCCUUUUAUGACAUCUGCAAUAUAAAGCUUUCUUUUUUUCACGCGCCAUUCUGAAAUGAUUGUGAGAUGUUUAUCGCCUUCUGUAGUACACUACGAGACAAACAAUAAGUAGCACCGAAAAACAGUGUAACAUUCUGUAACAAUCGAAGCAAUUCGUAGAAAUCUUCACUAGGCGUUGAACGACCAAAGAUAUUCCGAAACAAACAAAAGCCAAGGGCGUGGAAUAUCUGGUAAAACUCGGCCGACUUCGUUGUUAGACGAAGAGGUCGUUCGUAUUCUAUUGUUACCCUCACUCACUGAACAGGACAACAUUAAGGCUUCACCUCCAUAGGAGGCAGAAGCCAUAAAAACUGGUGAGUUGUCACUCGAGUUUAACGGACUCUUGGUUUAGUUACAGUUCUGUCUAUAGAGUGAAUUCGUAUAACUGGUUGGUUAUAUGCUGACGAGUUUUUUUACUAAAUUAUAGCGAGAAAACAAUUAGGAACAGUUGUGAACACUUGAAUAACUUAUGGAUGCCCAAACAGGUCACAACUCACAAGAGUAUUAGACGCAAACUCAUUCAGGUUAUAUGAAUUCACUCUUUUGAUUUGUUCUUUAUAGAGCGAACCGUUAUGUUUUCCAAGAGAUAAGAAUCUCCGUGGUGCUUUUAUCAAAGAAACAACAAGCUUUGUACUCAAAUAGAUCAAUCAUUCUAUUUUAGCAACAUUUGUCGGGUUGAACACAUGCAUAUGUUUAUCCACCAGAUCGAAAGUGUCCUGCUCAUGUUGGAAGAGAGGUUGACAUUACUGGAAAAUGAAGUUCGUAGCAACAAGGUAAAUAUGGAGGAUAACGAGACAAAUUUCACCACGAAAGGUUACAACGGUGUAAGUGAAACACAUAAGGAGAACCAGACUAAGAAAGCGAACAGAAAGAGAAGAAAGUAAACUGCAUACAAUCUAUAGCUGGCUCGAGUAUGUGUGAUUACCUUAGUUAGGUUAGGUUUUAACAAAAUUCAUAUACAGCUAUUUCAAUUUACAUUGUCGGAUCAAAGCUUCAAGGGUACGGGACAAGACCGAAAGGCGGUAUGUGUAGAUUAGAAUUAAUUUUAGGCUUUCGGG